AUGUCAACCCCGGAAAUCCACCACCAAGGCUUGAAUGCCACCUUCAAGGGAACUCAACGCAAUGACCAGACGAUCCCAGUCCAUCAAUUCCUGGGUAUUCAAUAUGCCAGUAUUCCCGCAAGAUUUGAAAGGGCCGAGCCUGUGAACACUUUCAACGGGGCCAUGAUCGAUGCGUCGAAAUACGGACCGAGAUGCCCUCAAGUGGAUGUAGAUGUCCGCCAUCUUCUCCGUAUCCCAGAGGAUUUCACGAUUGCCCCCGAGCCAGAGGAUGAGUUUGAAUGUUUGAACUUGGAGAUCACUGCUCCCCCCAAGUCCUCUGACGCUGGCCCUCUCCCAGUUCUAGUUUGGAUUCAUGGCGGAUCGCAAAUUGUUACUUUUUGUUCUGCUGCUUCCAAGAUUUGUGAUCCAACUAAGAUUGUCGCGGACUCUAUCAAGGCUGGAAAGCCUUUGAUUUUUGUUUCUAUCAAUUACCGUUUGAAUAUUUUCAGUUUUGGGGAUGGGAAAGAGAAGAAUCUGGCUUUGAAAGAUCAGCGUCUUGGUAUUGACUGGGUGAGACGGAAUAUUGAUGCUUUUGGGGGUGAUCCGGAAAAUAUCACUCUGUCGGGUGAAAGUGCUGGCGCCGUCUAUACUCACGCCCAUUUGAUCACUAGUCUACCAGUGAAGCGGGCGGUAUUGGCAUCUGGAUCUCUUUACCUCUCUUCUCCAUUGCCGGUGGAAAAGGGUGAUGGCCUUAUUUCGCUGCUCGAAGAGAAGGUUCGAGCACUUGGACAGCCAUCACUGCGACAGUCAUCUGUUCCGGUGUUGAUCCAAGCAUUGAAAGAAUGCAACGUGAACACCAUGUGGAUUCAGGAAGAGCCAGAUUUGGCUGACUGGGAGACUCGACCGGAACAGGUGGAGGAGUUGAUGAUAGGUGACACUGAGUAUGAGUCUGUUAUCUGGCGCAACGGUGUCGAACUUCUCGAUGGAAAAACCAUCGCAGCUGCAUUUGACAGCAACAAAGAAUGGGGAACUCAGCUUCGCAAGAUGUAUCACGUUGUGGCAGAUCGUCCGACUGCUGCGAAGCUUGGAGCUCUGGAUCUUGUGAACGAUGUUCGCUAUACCCUUCCUGUUGAAACAGUCUCUAGUAAGCUACAAGCAGCGAACAAGCGUGUCUAUAAAUAUGUGGUUGACCAGCCUAACCCCUGGCAACCAUCGAGCCGUGCACACCACGCGGUCGAUUUGCUGUUCCUGUUUGAUGGGAUUGAUCUGUCGUUCAAUCCUGUUGCGAGCAUGGUUGGACAGGAGAUGAGACAGCGCUGGAUCAAGUUUGUCAAUGGUGAUGGGCCGUGGAGUCCUGAGAAGAGAUUCGCAUUUGGUCCUGUUGGGGAGAGCCAGGAAAUCGACGAUGCCCAGUUCGCUGCUCGUCGCAGAGUUGAUCAUUGUCAGGCGCUGAAGAACGUCGGUGCCAGUGUGUAUAUGCCUAUUGUCUUUGCCUUGACGGCCGGGCGUAUCAGUUUAUUGAAUUAG